AUGUUUGGCCACCAUUCCCAGCCGGGGAUUAUCCCUAAUCAGAUCGGUACCGCCUCAGCUCCUGCUGCUGAAGACCAUGUCUCCGCCUCCGCACCGUCCGGUCACAUUCCUUACGACGAAAUGGACGAAAUCCCUCAUCAUCCUGACUCCAUCUAUGCUGCCUCCGAUUUGCUUCCCGAUGGUUCUCAUUUGGUGGGUCACCCAUCCGACGGCUCCGAAUUACCAGGCUCCCGGACUCCGGGAGGCGCGAAUCAGCUCACGAUCUCGUUCCGUGGACAGGUUUACGUUUUCGAUGCUGUUGGCCCUGAUAAGGUUGAUGCUGUGUUGUCGCUACUGGGUGGUUCUACGGAGCUCUCUCCUGGGCCGCAGGUGAUGGAACUAGCUCAGCAGAAUCAUAUGCCUGUUGUAGAAUACCCGAACCGAUGUAGCCAUCCGCAACGGGCGCAGUCCUUGGAUAGGUUCAGGAAGAAGAGGAAUGCUAGAUGUUUUGAGAAGAAAGUCAGAUAUGGUGUGCGCCAGGAAGUGGCGUUAAGAAUGGCACGUAAUAAAGGUCAAUUCACCUCAGCAAAGAUGGCCGAUGGGGGUGAUAACUCUGGCACAGAUCAAGAUUCUGCGCAAGAUGAUGGCCAUCCAGAAAUAUCGUGUACUCAUUGCGGCAUUAGUUCCAAAUGUACACCAAUGAUGCGACGUGGCCCUACAGGCCCCAGGACUCUCUGCAAUGCCUGUGGACUUUUUUGGGUUAACAGGGGUACAUUGAGGGAUCUCUUCAAGAAAACAGAAGAUAUACAGAUGUCUGCAAUAACACCGGGCGAGGAUGGGAGUGAUGCCGAUGCAAACAACUCGAACUCUGGACCUGCAACUGUUGAAGAGCACGAUGCCUUUGUUUCUCUUGCUAAUGGGGAUGAAUCUAAUCUGUUAGGUAAUCACUAA